AUGUCGGAACUGACACCAAUUACGCUACCUUUGUCAGCUCCAUUCCCCGUGAUUAUCUCAUCAAUACAAUGCAAGAAAGGAGACACCAUUUCCAAGCACGAGACUAUUUUCAAAUACAAGUACUGGGUAUACCAAGAUGAUCCCAAUUCGAAAGAAGACCCGCCGAAAAAGAUACGUGCUGAAUGUAUUGGUACUUUUGAAAGCCCUAUAGAAGGAGUAGUUGAAUCGAUCGAUAUUCAUGCUCAAGAAGAAGUCACGCAUAGUGAAGUUGAAAUAUUGCACAUAAAGGAGGCGUGUGCACACACAGUGCAGUAUGGUGGGUUAUGUGCUUUGUGUGGGAAAUCACUUGAAGAAGAACGUGAUUACUCGGGAUACGACUAUGAAGACCGAGCAACGAUAGCCAUGUCGCAUGACAAUUCCGGGUUGAAGAUCAGUUUUGACGAGGCGGCCAAGAUUGAACAUAGCACCACUGAUCGGUUGAAUGAGGAAGAAAAAUUGAUCUUGGUUGUUGAUUUAGAUCAGACGGUGAUUCAUGCAACAGUUGAUCCUACAGUUGGCGAGUGGCAACUGGACCCUUCAAACCCAAACUAUCCGGCGGUGAAGGAUGUCAAGACGUUUUGUUUAGAGGAGGAGCCCAUUGUACCACCAGGAUGGACGGGCCCAAGAUUAGCUCCCACCAAGUGUUGGUAUUAUGUCAAGGUGCGACCAGGGUUAUCGGAGUUUUUGCAAAAAAUGGAUACAAAGUAUGAGAUGCAUAUAUAUACAAUGGCAACAAGAAAUUAUGCGUUGGCAAUUGCUAAAAUAAUUGACCCAGAGGGCAAAUACUUUGGUGAUCGAAUCUUGAGUCGUGAUGAGAGUGGAUCACUUACGCAUAAAAACUUGAAGAGAUUAUUCCCUGUUGAUCAAUCGAUGGUUGUGAUAAUUGAUGAUAGAGGUGAUGUAUGGCAAUGGGAAAACAAUUUGAUUAAAGUGGUACCGUAUGACUUUUUUGUUGGUAUUGGUGAUAUCAAUUCCAGUUUUUUGCCAAAGAAAAAUGGUCAAUUAACGGGGCCUAUAAAGAAGAGAAAGUCAAUUGCUAAAUUAGAAGCUGCAGCUGAAGUGAGCAAGGAGGAAGAAGAAGAAAGAGAAAGAGAAAAGGCAAAACAAGAGGCGGCCAAACUACGAGGGGGUGAAACGAAUGGUCAGCAAGAACAAUCACCAGAGAAUUCACCCAAUACGGUGGAUAGAAUUAUUGAGUUGGGUGGCGGCGAAGGCAAUACCAAUUUGUUAUUGGAACAGUCAAUUACGCGGAAUCAGUCUAUUGAGCAACAGCAGCAUGACCGACCUUUGGCCAGGCUACAACAUGAUUUGGAACAGUUGCAAGAGAAGUCGGAUGGGGAGAAAUCGUCGCAUUCGGAAGAUGGCGAAGAUGAAGAGGAGGAUAAUUUGUUGUACGAUGAUGACAAUGAACUUAGCUCGCUUACCAAGGUGUUAGACAAUGUCCAUGAGGAGUAUUAUAACUUGUAUGAUGAUACAAGAGCCAAGUUACAUAGCAUUAAGCCUGAUUUGACCAAGAUCAUACCACGUAUGAAGAGUCAAUGCUUACAAGGAGUGACUAUACUAUUUUCAGGAAUUAUACCACUUGGUGUCAAUAUCGCUUCCGCCGAUAUUGUCAUUUGGUGUAAGCAAUUUGGCGUCAAAGUUGUCAAUGAAGUGUAUCCCGAAGUAACGCAUGUCGUAUGUCGUGAUGUUUCUCCAGAAGCAGGGCCAACGUUUAAAGCUAGAGUUGCACAUAAGUUGUAUCCUGAUUCUAUUAAAAUUGUUAACCCUGACUGGUUGUUUUGUUGUUUAAGUAUGUGGACCAAAGUUGAUGAAGAAGAUUAUUUGGUAUCUACUGCUGAUCCCAAGUUGUGGUAUGUCAAGCAGGCUGAGAUUGAAAAGUAUAAAAAGAGAUUAGAAGACGCUAGGCAGACAGAUGACUUUGAGAUAAAUGAUGCAUUAAGUGGCGGCGGGUUGAAUGAAGGUAGAUCCAAUUCAGUAAAUUCAAUUGAAGAUUAUGGCUUAGAUGAGGCUGAUCAGGAAGUUGAUGACUUCUUAGCUGGACUUAGCGAUGAUGACGAUGAUGAUGAUGAUGGGGAGAUUAACAAUGGAAAUAAUGCAGGAGGAGGAGGAGAAGAAGAAGAAGAAGAUGAUGAUGAUGAUGAGGAAGUCACUGGUACUUCUGCUGGACAUGAUUCAUUUAUACGAGACAUGUACAAGAAAAAGAGAACAACCACAGAAGUGGAAGAAGAAGGGGAAGAGAAAGAAGAAGAAGACGGUAGUAACCAAGAAGACGUGAUGGAUGUUGAUGAUAAUAGUAAUAAUAAUAAUAAGAAGAAGCGCAAGGUCGAUUCAAGUAAUAGUGGUGAUAAGUUUGAUGAGGUUGACAUUGAUGAUUUAGAGCAAGCGUUACUUGAUGGAUUUGAUGAUCUUGAGGAGUAA